UAGUUUCCGCUCUGACUAAUGACCCAUUUUACCCACAUAUUGUGCACGUUUUGAAAGUAAAUAACGAAGACAGAGUUCCGUGUCACCUAAAAACUAUACAGAAAAGGAUGAAAAUAGACAGUAGAGAAAGAAAACAGACAAGAUAACCAACAAAAAAGAACCAAUGAUAGACAACAGUGUGUUCAUGACUCUGUUGACGAUGGCCCCGACGCGUGCGGAGGAGAGCGAUGCCCACAUGCGGGAGCGACUGGUGAACAGUUUAAGCCAGUCCUUCCCAGGUAGCGCCCUCUCACGCGCCCUGCAAUGCAUGCAGCCGGAGUCUGACGACGAGGAAUUCAAGUUGGACGAUGACAUGCUCAGUAGUAGUUGUUUUGCUGAAUUGCGUCUGGAGAAAGGACCUAUUGAGGAUGAUGACCUGACAAGUUUGUCCUGGCUACAGGACACCAAUCUCCUACAGAACAUUAACGCUGAGGACGAGGAAAACUCAGAAGGACAGAAGGAAAACGGAGAUACGAAGGAGGGGAACCACUACAGCCAAUCACAUCCCCCACAUGUGCCAUACAACCCACAGAAACAUGUUAACAGCAAACCUCCAUAUUCCUUCAGCUGUUUAAUAUUCAUGGCUAUUGAGGACUCACCACAGAAAAAACUUCCAGUGAAAGACAUUUAUUCCUGGAUAUUAGGACAUUUUCCUUACUUCCAACAUGCUCCUACUGGGUGGAAGAACUCAGUGCGGCACAACUUAUCCCUCAACAAGUGUUUCAAAAAAGUGGAUAAGGACCGUGGACAGAGUAUUGGUAAGGGAUCCCUAUGGUGUAUAGACCCGGACUACCGGCCUAACCUGCUGCAGGCUCUGAGGAAGACACCCUAUCACCCCUACCAUCAGCUUCAGAUGCUUGCUAACCCACAGCCAUCACAUCAAUACUCCUUUGUCCAAAACGGUCCAAAGCCCCUACCCCUGACCCCUAGGCUGGGACAUAACUCCAUCUCACCUCAUUUGUUCCCAUUUUUGAGCAAGAGAUUGGCCCAGUCAAAUUGUGAUAUAGAUAGUGAUAUCCAAGAUGUAGCACACACCCUUGUGUCUCUCAAGAGUUUCAGCAGUGGCAAUUCGUCAGCAAAAUCUUCAGAUGGCGAAUACUCACCCCCUGAGCACCAGCGGAUGCGACUCAAGCGGAAACAGAGACAACUGAUGCCGAGCUAUCACAAGCGACGGAAUCUAGGUGAUGUGAUCUGUACCCUUGUGCCAAGUGAGGACCAUACAUACAGUGUCACAAAUAUACUGAAGGCUCCGCCAUCCCCCGGAUCUUCUAUAGACGAGGAAUAUGACUUUGGUGAUGAGGAUGAAGAGGAAGAAUUUAGCGAGUACAGUUAUAACAGUGAUGAAUGGGAAAGUGCUGACGAGGUAGACGGAUCUUUCACCGUCAACAACAGCGCGCGAUUCAUACCCCGCAAAAAUACUCCUGAGGAGGAGGCAGAGGAACAGAAGAAGAUAGUGGAGGGUGCAGAUGCACUUCUCAACCUUGCAGGAAUUAAAACAAAUGGACCUUCCUCACCUGUAGUGAACGGUAAAUCAGCCAAACGCAACACGCCAAGCUCCUUAGCUAGGUAGACUUAACAAAUAGCAUUGAAAACAAUUUUUGUGCUUAGAUAUGAUGCCAAAUGAGAUUCGCCCAGACACUUGUGAGGUGUAUGAUGGGUGUAGACAUUGGGUGUUGUUGUGGGCAGCGAUUAUAUAUUUUGUACGUGGACCAGAAGGAGACAACAUAGCGAAGCUGGACUUUGUCUUCCUCUUCAAUUUGUGAUGGACCUAUUUUCUUCUUCCAACACUGGGGGCUCCAGCGGAAGCUCUCUGUGUCUGUAUCACUUAGUGAUCUGAAUCGUUUUACUUAGUUCUGGGGUCUUAGGUGGAGAUCCCUCUCGUUCUUGUCAUUUCCGUGACUUAAUUAUACUACAUCACUAGAUUGUUUUAUCUCCUUAUAAACCAAUGUUUUAGGGAUGACUCUUGAAAGUGUAGCUUGAUAAAGUGAAAAUGUCUGAUUUGUAGACGUCUGCCAGACCAGACAUGGGUCAAUCAAUUUUGUUUUUAGUUGAUAAGAUUCUGGUGCUAUGUGUAAUAAAAUUCUUUGCAAUCACCUUGUUUACAAGACAACACUUAUUAUAAACAGUUCAAAUUUACAUUUUAAAUGUGCAAUUACUGAAAUAUUAUAGAAUUAGGUACCAAAUUGUGUUCCAGCUCGUUCAAAUUAUUGAUGAAGUAGUUUAUAAUAAUUAGUGCACCGAAAGAAGUUAAUUUUUUUUAUGAUAUACAAAAUGCCACUGACAUGUUCUCAUAAUUGUAAACAAGACAUCAUUUCAUUAAUGUAGCUAACAUCUUAGAAUUUUUUUUUGGACAAAAUCAACUAAAAAUGGUUGAUGACUGACCUCAAGUGUGAAUAGUCAGUUGAAGACCUGAUGGCUAGUGAACACACUUAUACAGAUAUGUGAGAUGGUUACAGUACGUUUGGUGCUAAUAAAUACAAUAUUGUUAACAGUUCUCAUCAAUGUUCAAUCAAAUCUUUACUCUGGUUGUGUCAGAAACAUCAACUUUUUCCUGGCUAUUAUCAACAUAGACAACCUAAAAUCCAAUCAUUUCAUCACAUCGGAUGUAUAGAACUCAGCCGCAAUAAACUCAUGACUUGUUAUAUAAGGCUGAAGAAUUUAGCCUUGGUGUUCUCUUCAGCUUCAUUUGCUUAUCUAGCUGGACCAUUGUUGUAUAGGUCUAAAGUUUUCACAUACUAUGUUAAACAAUUCUUUUUAAUACCUAUGUGUUCAAAAUGUAGGACUUUACAAGGUGGAUAUUAUUACAUUUUUUGGCUUGUGGAGUAAAACAUUUGUUAUUGUUUGUUAACUAUGUAUGCCAUACAAUUAGUUAUGAGAUUGUUAUCUCAUGCCAAUAUGUUGCCCUUAUAUAUUAGAUACAUUUUCCCACUAAAUAGAUUAAAUGAUUGUUUAUCUUUUAGAGGGAAAAUGUUGUUAUUUUAUAGAAGGACAGCAUGAUGAUGUUGUUAUCUUGUUUGCUCAGAGAUCAAUUGUAACAUUAACUAAAUCAAACAUUAUUCAAUUAUGUAAGAGAGUGAUUAUUGGGCAUCUGUAUGAUUUUAAAGUGCAAUUAUCUUAUUAAAGAUUAAGUUUGUUAUCAAAGCUGAAAAUUUACCAUGAAAUACUUUCAAUAGCAGUGUUUUAAUAAUUAGUCGAAAUAUUCAAUAGAAUUAGGAUAAUGAAAUUUUCACUGAAUCUGUCAUCCACAGUGCAUGAAGCUAUUCCAAACAGUUAUAUAUAAGGGGAGGACCACUUCAUAGUAUUGGUAAUCGAUGAGUAUUGAUAUCUGAAAUAAUUCUAAUGGGAAAAAAAAGACAGAUUUAGCAGGUGGUUUCACAAAGUUGUCUUCCCUUUAUUCAUUAAUAUUGGAUUAGCACAAUGUCAUUACACUCUUACGAAAUAUAAAAGAAAAACACAGAUAUUGUUGAUAUUGUCACUGUGGCGCCGUUAGAAUGGUGUACACGUUCUAUCCCUGUAGAUACAACAGUGGACAAGCAUGUACACCAUACGCUCGUUUGUUAAAUAUCUUGUUAUUUUGUGCAUACAUUGUUGCAGUUUUUAAUACCUUUGAAGUAGUUGUGUACAGUUAGGUAUAUAAAAUACUCCUAAUAUUUAGUGCUUAGUAAGGAUGAGCAAGCCAUAAUGAUGAUCGCACAGGUAUAUUUUUUAUCAAAUGCUAUGUUAUCAAUUUAUAUAUCAGCUGUUUAUUUACUAAUAUGUAAAAGUUUUUUAUGUAAAUAUUUGCAGGAUUCUACUUUGGAAAAAGAGCCAGUUUUUGCUUUUAGUCUAAAGUAAUUUAGGGAGACACAAAGUGAAUUAAAUGGUAUUUUCAUGCUACAAAUGUUUUGUUUUCAAGUGUUGAAUAUAUUACUUCCUUCUGAUCUUUAAGCCAUUUUACAUUGUGGUGAAGUAAAUUAAAUGAGACAAUAUUAUUAAUUAAAAUUUAAUUUAUUGUUAUUGUGUUAUGCAAUGUUUAUAGGUAAUGUGUCAGAUUACUAAAAUUUAUAAUUUUAUGUAUAACACACAGAUGUUAUACAAGGAGUAUUUUUGAAGUUUAUUAAAAAACAUUUGAAGUAGAGAAAAAUGAGAUGGAGCAACAUUAAUUAUUCUAUUGUUUUGGGGGGACAUUUGAUGUUGUUACUUUCAAACAAAAUUUCUUAUUACUAAUAUAAUGACUUUUUCUCUGAAUUUUUAAUAUUUCUAUGACCCUGUCUUCUUAAUUUUAAUCAGAUGACAUUUUUGUUCCGAAAUUGUUUUUGAGCUUUCCUUGAUGUCAAGGACAGUCCGAUUCCCUGAAAUGUUUGUCAGUUUAACACUGUAGGUGUUAGAGGAAAGUCUGAUUCCCUGAAAUGUUUGUCAGUUUAACACUUUAGGUGUUAGAGGAAAGUCUGAUUCCCUGAAAUGUUUGUCAGUUUAACACCGUAGAUGCAAGAGGACCAAGUGUUACACUGUAUCAGUGAUUAUCUGUGAUGCAGCGUUUGUUAUUGUUCCUGACACUGGUUAGCUUUACAUAAACCCAGACCUCAUGUCUCUGAACCCUGGUAAACUUAGGUAAACCACGACUCUUGUCCCUAACACUGAUCAGGUAUAUGUAGAAUCAAUGGUUACAACCAGGAUCUCUUGUCUAUAACAUAAGUCAACUUUAUAACUCUGCUGACAGAGGAUAGUUCUAUAUAAACUGGGACCACAGAAAUAUAUAAGGUAGGACCUCUUUGUUUUAACAUUGGCUAACUUUAUAAUGUUAACUUUAUGAUAACCCCACUUUCCUAAUAUAUAGUGGAUAAAAUAACCUGGGGUCAGUUUGUAUAAACCCAGGUCUCCUGUCCUUGAUGAUGGUAAAUAUAAACCAAUACUUUCUUUUCCUAACAUGGGAUAUAUCUGUUUAAAGCUAGAAUACCACAAAAAUAGGUUACAAACUCUUUAUAUAAAUAAUAAGAGUUCUUGUCCGUCAAGAUUCAUUUAGAAUUGUUUUCAGUGCAAAUAUUUUGUAAGGAUUAUAAAUAAAUGCAUACACUUUUGUAAUAAUAGAAUUGAAUAAGAUAAAUAACCUUAAACCUGUUCACAUUCUCUAUUUAGAGUUUAACGUUGAUAAAUAGGUUUACGUGCCUGUCCUGUUUGAAAUGGAACAAGUUUUUGCAUCUGCAUAGCAUUAUUUAGAUAUACCUGUUUACAUGUACUCAGUAAUUUUUUUUAUGUAAUGUGAGAAAAAUGAAAAUAUAUCAAAUAUGAUUGAUAUGAUGUGAAGCAGUUGAUGUUUUUUUUUUGGAUGAAGAUGUGUCUUCCAAAACGUCAAAAAUGCCAGGAACUUGUCAAAACAAGAAAAAUGCUUUAAUAAAUCUUGGCUUCUUUGAUUAUAUCACUAGAUGUUUGUGCUCAAUCCUGUUUGUUAAAUAUGUCCUCUGUUAUACAUCCUUCGUUGUGUUCACGAUAACCCCUAGUCAGGAAGCUGGAGUUUUGUCGUAACAAUAACCUUGAUUCCAGUACUGUUAUGUUUAAAAGUUCAUUCACUGCCAGGCAGGCAGCCAUAUUUUUGUGUAGCAUAACUGUUUUCCUUCUGCAGUAGUUAAAAAGCCUUAGAAUGUAAGUAAAUAUAUUUUGCAGAUUUUUCUCAGUGGUUUUUUGAGUAUCACAUUUAAAUGAUAUUUUUUUUUGUAUUUUUUUUUGUAAAUCAAGAGAAUAAACAGGAUGUUGGCAAAUUUUUGAAAUAUGAAAAAUAUCUAGGAAUGAGGAAAUUUUUAAAAUUUGUCUGUAUACAAAUACAUGUAGUAUGACGUAGCAGUGAUAUCUGCUAUGGUUUUGUUUCCAAUAUAGACAUUUACUAGUUGGUCCUGCUGAACUGAAUUCAGCUUCACAUCAACAAUUUGUUAACAAGUCCUAUGCAAUACUGUAUUUUUGGUCUUAUUUCUUUGACAGUAUUUUCCAAUCAAAACUUGUGCAAUACAACCAUUUUCAUAAAUUGUUGAAGUAAGACACCUUCAGUUUUUUGAGUCAUGACAAUUUCUUAAUGAGAACUUUACGCAGCAAACAGGUGCAAUAGGACAACGUUGGCAUUCUUCAUUUGGAAAAAUCAUGUAAAAAUAUAUGAAAGCAUUGAAUCAUUCAUGUGUCGGAAUCAUUUGUCAAUCCUCAUUUUACAUGGUUAAGGUGUAUAGUUGUACAUACAAUGAAGACUAGUUCUUAAUAAACAAAUCAAUACAGUGA